AUGGGCGGCAAGGUGUUCUCUGAGCCAAAGGGUAAUGAGCCUGCCCUUCAGACUCCUCGCAUGAGCGAGGCAGUCUACACGCGCACAAGGGACUUCUGUAUCCGACAACUUCAAGAUUUAUUCGAUGUCGUGGUCUCGCCACCGGAAGCUCCAGGGAAAGCCGACUAUGGGGAUGUUGACACCCUGGUGCAAGGCCCUCGACCGGGGUUUACAUGGGAGGAGGUUGGGAAGCGCCUGAAUUCCCGCCGAGCAGUGCAUAAUGGAGUCACGCACAGCUUUGCGGUUCCUAUCACCGUUGACGACAGCGACGCCCAUGACGAAAUCUAUGCCCAAAUCGAUGUGCAUGUCUGCCGCCCCGGGUUCAUAGAAUGGGAAUGCCUCCUUGAUUCUUACGGUGAUAUGUGGCAGAUCGUCGGUAAGUUUCUGAGACCAUUGGGUCUGACGGCCAAUGAUAAGGGCCUCCAUGUUCGGAUCCCGGAGAUUGAAUCGUCAAACCGAGCACACAGUAUGGUGUACCUUACCCACGACGCGAUGGAUGUUUUGGAGUUUUUAGGCUUGGAUGUGGAACGUUAUCAGGAUGGAUUCGAGAAUCUUGACGAGCUGUACAGAUGGUGUGCAAGCGGGAGGUUUUUCCACUCUACAGCAUUCUUGGCCAAGUUCGACACAGCAAACGACCGGCAGAGAAUGAAGAAGAGGCCAAUGUUCCAAAAUUUCAUUGAUGAAUGGGUCCCUGCGAACAUUCAUUUGUGGCGGGAUAAAGAGCCGCUGACCAGAGAAGAUAUCAUGCAGCAAGCACUGGCGCGAUUCGGAAAGCAGGAAGAUUAUGAACAAAGAAUUUCUGCAUGGAGAUUGAAAGUAGAAGAAGAGCGGCUAUGGAGAGAAGUUGCGUCUAUUGUCGCAGCAGAGUGCUCUGGGGACGUGAAUAUUGUCAUCCGAGGAUUGAAAAGAUGGGUGCAUUUUCUCAGCGAAGAUGGCGACAAAGUGGUCAAACCGGCCCUCCGGACGGAAGUGGAGAUGGAUGCGGUUCGUCAACCUCGCUGGGCAUCCCAAAUAUCACAUUCCUCGCUCUCGAAGAAGUCCCUUUUCGACUGGGUCAAAGAACAUUGGCGCGAGGUCAAAGUGCUGGAGAAGCGGCGUGUGGCCGCAGCCCAGGCGGAAAGAAAAAUGAGCUCUUAA